AUGACCCCCACCAGAUCAAACAACGCUACACAUAUAAGAACAGCACCAGUGAGAAACAACCUCCUGAUUACCUUUGAUGCAUUUGAAACUCUUUUCCACCCCAAACGAUCUGUGCCAGAAGAAUACUCCUCAACAGCACAUUCAUUCGGCCUCUCCCCGACCCUCAUAACCGCCGACACGAUCAAGGAGGCCUUCAAGGACGUCUUCAAGAGGCAGAAGCAGAGGCGGCCCAACUACGGACGCGAAGAUGUUCUGCGUGGCCAAUAUGGAGGCCCGAAACAGUGGUGGGAUGAAGUUAUCAAGGCCAGCCUUUUGCAAGCCGUGAAGGGCGGCUCUGCUGGCGGCCAAAUUGAUGAUGCGAAUUUCGUCCUCCCGGAUGGGUUAACCGAGUCUCUUAUUAAUCGAUUUGCUGGAUCUGAGGGGUACAGGCUCUAUGAUGAUGUGGUGCCCUUUUUCGAAAGAAUGAGAUAUCUGAAAUCUGUUCCUCAUACUCGUGGCGCUACCGCUGGAUUUGGUAUCUUCGAUCGAGUGCUGUUCGGUGUCAUUUCGAAUUCAGAUGAUCGCGUCCCUGCUGUGCUGAAGUCACUCGGUUUAUCAGUGGGUGACGUUCGCGCGGACCAGGAGCGGUCGAGUAUGGAGCUCCCUGGCUUUGAAGAGAGGGAAGACAGUCAGAACCAGAAUAAGGAGGAUUACUUUGAUCUUGAUCUUGUCAUAACCUCCUACGAGGCAGGAGAGGAGAAGCCGAACAGACUUAUUUUUGAUGUUGCAAAGAGACAAGCGCUCAGACUAGCGAGAAGCGAACACAGAGACGAGGAGCACAAUCCCACAGAUCCAAACAUGGAUCACAUCAAUGAAAAAUGGGUCUAUGUUCAUGUCGGCGAUGAUUAUGAAAAGGACUACAAAGGCGCCAUCAAUGCAGGGUGGGAUAGCUAUCUGCUUCCUCGUGGGAAUAAUAUUGAUGGGAUCCGGGAUGCAAAGGUCGUUCAUUCCCUGAUGGACUUGAUUGUCGAGUUAGAGAAGAAAUAUGCAUGA